CCGAUUCCAGCAGACCCCUUUAACUCUGAGCACUUCAGGAUUGUUAAGCAUGGACACUGUUUCCACACACACACAUGAAUCCAGCAGCAGUAAGAGGAAAGUGAUCGCGGUGGUGGGAGGCGGUUUGGUUGGAUCGCUGAACGCCUGCUUCCUUGCCAAAAGAGGAUUUGACGUUGCAGUCUAUGAAUCUCGAGAAGAUAUUCGUCAAGCAAAAGUCGUGAAAGGUCGAAGCAUCAACUUGGCCCUGUCACAUAGGGGGCGCCAGGCCUUGAAACAUGUGGGAAUGGAGGAUAAGAUAGUCUCUAAAGGCAUUCCAAUGCAUGCCCGUAUGAUCCAUAAUCUGAAUGGAAAACGCUCUCCAAUACCCUACGGCAAAAAGGGACAGUACAUCCUCUCUGUGGACAGAGCUAACCUCAACAAGGAGCUGCUAACAGCGGCAGACGCAUAUCCAAACACUACACUGAACUUUAAUCACAAGCUGCAGGACUGGAGUCCAAAAUCGGGAACAAUGACCUUCUUUGGACCUGAUGGCCAGAAGAAGGAGAUCCAGGCUGAUCUGAUCGUAGGCUGUGAUGGAGCUUUCUCUGCCAUCAGGAAGCAGUACCUACGGCAAAGUCGUUUCAAUUACAGCCAGACGUACAUUCCCCACGGGUACAUGGAGCUCACCAUGCCUCCUAAAGACGGAGAUUUUGCAAUGGAGCCCAAUUACUUGCACAUUUGGCCCAGGAACACUUUCAUGAUGAUUGCCCUGCCCAACUUGGACAGGACGUUCACAUGCACACUCUUCAUGCCCUUUGAAGAAUUUGAGAAGAUCCGCUCCGGUGACGAGGUCAUCCGUUUCUUCCAGAAAUACUUUCCUGACUCUGUACCUCUAAUAGGAGUUGAGGCUCUCAAACAGGAUUUCUUCCGGCUGCCGGCUCAGGCCAUGGUCUCGGUGAAGUGCUCCCCGUAUCAUCUGUUUGAUAAGUGUGUUCUUAUGGGAGAUGCGGCCCACGCUGUGGUUCCUUUCUAUGGUCAAGGCAUGAAUGCAGGCUUUGAGGAUUGUUUAGUUUUUGACGAGGUUAUGAACCAGCUGAAUGAAAACCUUGCUGCUGUGCUUGAAGAAUACACCAGAGUCCGUGUACCUGACGAUCACGCCAUAGCUGACCUGGCCAUGUACAACUAUGUAGAGAUGAGAGCACACGUCAAUUCCAGAUAUUUCCUGUUUCGAAAAUACCUGGACGGUUUCCUUCACUUCAUCUUGCCAAAAACAAUCGUCCCACUUUACACAAUGGUCACAUUCACCAGAACACGGUACCAUGAAGCUGUGAAGCGAUGGCAUUGGCAAAAUAAGGUGAUCACUCAAGGUCUGUGGCUGUGUGGAGCUGUAUCUGCUGCAGGAGGGAUGUAUGUCUUGGUCAGAUACUCUCACAAACUCCCCAGAAUCUCUGCAGACCACCUGUGGACCCGUAUACUUGCCUUAAAGCACUUCUAAACCCUGUGUUGAUGUUUAGUAGCCUUAUCACGUCAAAGGAACAACUCCCAAAAGAUCUUCCAUGGCUCUGUACUGGACCAGAAUUGAAGUCUUGUUCAAUACAAGUUAAACAAAAAAUGCUCUGCAUUUUGUGUUAUGAUGUUGAUUACCACAGAAAAUCAUUUUGAGUUGUUUGUCAAUGUAGUGCACUUAAAAUGGGGGUAUAAUGGGCCAGCAUUCCAGAUGGUUUAAAGCAGAAAUGUAGCUGGUAUGAUUGUUAAAGCACUUAUCUUCUCAUCAAUAGAUGCUUAAAUGCAAAGUGACUUGCAUUGCAUUCAAGGUGUAGAUUUGACCAGCUCAAGCAUUCCCUGGGAAGCACCAUGCCACUUGAGCAACAGGAAUGCUGACUUGCAUGAAUAAUUCUGUAAAAACAUUUAGUGUUUGAGUUCUAAAAGUUGUCUAUAUUGUAUUUUUGGAAGGUUGAAUACUUCUCUUAAACAUUUAUACAUGUUAAUGUUUAGUUCCUGGUCCCGUGUACUUCCAUUUUAAAUGGAGAUUAUUCUAUAUUUUCUGUGAUUACUGUCACCAUGACCUUGAAAUUGUUGUAAUGGAUGUAUAAUUCUGUUUCAGUUUUAAUUCAGGUUUGCUUUUACUUUAUAUAUCAUGUAGAUCACAUCAUGUGGGUGCUGUGAUCUCUAAGCACAUAGAUAUAAUUUCUUUGUUUUUAAUUAUUUAAAAAAGUCAAGCUGAUCACUGUCUGUUGUAGAUUCAAAAUAAGUUAAAUGUGACUGAAUAAAAUCUUGU